AUGGGUAGCUGUCUUUCAACCACCAAAAUCAGUGGUUCAAACAGCAACACCCCUUCCACCACCACCGUGAACAUCCACAACAACCGCAAAGAAAGCACAAAACCACCCUCAAAAACGGUUUUGCCGUCGAAAAAGCAAGAUGGGUCGCAUAAUAGUCAGCAGAAAACAAAAGAGAGCUGUAAAAAUCAACAACAGAGGAAUUCUCAGCAGACUACGCAAAAUAAUAAGUCGAAUUCAAAGCGUCCAAGCGGGUUGAUUCCGUGUGGGAAAAGAACAGAUUUUGGGUAUGAUAAAGAUUUUGAUAAGAGGUACACAAUUGGGAAGUUGUUGGGACAUGGACAAUUCGGUUAUACCUACGUUGCAACCGAUAAGUUCAAUGGAGAUCGUGUUGCGGUCAAAAAAAUUGAGAAGAAUAAGAUGGUUCUUCCCAUUGCUGUUGAAGAUGUUAAGCGAGAAGUCAAGAUAUUGCAAGCCUUAAAUGGUCAUGAGAAUGUGGUUCAGUUCUGUAAUGCAUUUGAGGAUGAUUCUUAUGUGUAUAUAGUCAUGGAGUUGUGCGAGGGUGGCGAAUUGCUGGACCGGAUAUUGGGCAAGAAAGACAGCCGUUAUUCUGAGAAAGAUGCGGCAAUAGUUGUGCGCCAGAUGCUAAAAGUUGCAGCUGAGUGUCACUUACAGGGUUUGGUACACCGUGACAUGAAACCAGAGAAUUUCCUUUUCAAGUCACCAAAAGAGGAUUCACCAUUGAAGGCUACAGAUUUUGGUCUGUCAGACUUCAUAAGACCGGGGAAGAAGUUCCAAGAUAUUGUUGGUAGUGCUUACUAUGUUGCUCCGGAAGUAUUGAAGCGUAAAUCAGGCCCUGAAUCAGAUGUAUGGAGUAUAGGUGUCAUUACCUACAUUUUGCUCUGUGGCCGACGUCCGUUUUGGGAUAAAACCGAGGAUGGCAUAUUCAAGGAGGUUUUACGAAACAAACCUGACUUUCGCCGCAAACCGUGGCCAAGCAUAAGCAACAGUGCUAAAGAUUUUGUGAAGAAAUUGCUGGUGAAGGAUCCUCGUGCAAGACUUACUGCUGCUCAGGCCCUGUCACACCCAUGGGUUCGAGAAGGGGGAAAUGCCUCAGAGAUUCCUUUAGAUAUCUCAGUUCUAUCCAACAUGCGACAAUUUGUGAGAUACAGUCGUUUGAAACAAUUUGCUCUAAGGGCAUUGGCUAGCACAAUUGAUGGAGAGGAGUUGGCUGAUCUAAAAGAUCAAUUUUCUGCAAUUGAUGUGGAUAAAAAUGGUUCAAUUAGCCUUGAAGAAAUGAGACAGGCACUUGCUAAAGAUCUUCCAUGGAAGGUGAAAGAAUCACGUGUUUUGGAGAUUCUUCAAGCGAUUGACAGUAACACUGAUGGGCUUGUGGAUUUCCCGGAGUUUGUUGCAGCCACUCUUCAUGUCCAUCAGUUGGAGGAACACAACUCUGAAAAGUGGCAGCAAAGGUCCCAGGCUGCUUUCGAGAAAUUUGAUGUUGAUAGGGAUGGAUAUAUAACCCCAGAAGAACUUAGAAUGUAUACGGGCUUAAGAGGCUCUAUAGACCCACUUCUAGAGGAGGCGGAUAUUGACAAAGAUGGGAAGAUAAGCUUGUCUGAAUUCCGUAGGCUUUUAAGAACUGCAAGCUUGGGCUCGCGAAGUCUGCCUAGUCCAUCUGCCCAUCGAGCUUCACGCCAAAUGUAG